AUGGAGCAAGAGCAAGUGCUGUUCCAGGAGUCCAAUUGCCGCACCUGCAGCAGCAGCAGCAACGACGCGAGCGCGAGCUCGGCCAGCUCGCUCAACGCGUCGUCGCUGAGCUCCGUGGACUCCGGGAGCGCGAGCGCGGCCAGCUCGCUCAACGCGUCGUCGCUGAGCUCCGUGGACUCCGGGAGCGCGAGCGCCAGCGCCGGGGGCAAGAAGCGGCGUGCGCAUGCGGAGCUGAGGCACCCGACGUACCGCGGCGUGCGCAUGCGGAGCUGGGGGAAGUGGGUGUCCGAAAUCCGGGAGCCGCGCAAGAAGUCGCGCAUCUGGCUCGGCACGUUCGACACCGCCGAGAUGGCCGCGCGCGCGCACGACGUCGCGGCGCUCGCCAUCAAGGGGCGCGCCGCGCACCUCAACUUUCCCGAGCUGGCGGGCGAGCUCCCGUGCGCCGCCUCGAAGGCGCCCAAGGACGUGCAGGCCGCCGCCGCGCUCGCCGCGGCAACGGCUUCGCCUGCGCCCACGCCAUGCCACGUUGACGACGACGACGACGCCGCCGCAACCGAAGGCGAACGCGAACCGGCGGAGCCUGAGCAGACGGCGGCGCGAGCUUGCAUCGUCGAGAAUGGGACGCUGCAGCAGGACGGUGGCAUUGGAUUAGACUACGCGUAUUUCACCAUGCCAGAUACACUUCUAGAGUUCGGUUUCACGUUGCCGCCGCCGUCUUUUUGUGGUUCGCCGUGGGAUGACGCUGCCGACGAUAUCUUCUUCGGCGAACCGCUGGUGCUCUGGGAACACUGA